UCUCAACGUCGUCACGCUUUGUUUGUUUGACAGAGCAGAGAUGACAUGACAGAUUUUUAUUUACAUCAAAUUUGGUAGCCAGCAAAAUAAUCAAAAUAAUUUCUAACAAGUAGAUAUCAAUUAAUUUCUGUGUAUAAUGGCUGAUUACAAGGUAAUAACGUCGGAUUUCGUAAAUCUUCAAAUAUCAACAUCAGGUCAUGACUUAUCAUUCAACGAAAGACGUUUUCCAAAAGACAUCACAAUAUCGAACUUAAAAGCAAAGCUGGAGUUAAUUACUGGUGGUAGCUGUUCCACAAUGCAGAUACAAGCGUAUGACAAAGACAAUAAAUUUGUUUGUUCUUUAGUCGACGAUAAUGCUUUGCUUGGCUCGUUUCCGCUUGAAAAUGGGAUGCGUUUAUAUAUUGUGGAUAACUUUGCGAUUAAAAAUCAAUUAGAAUUCGAAAAUGUUGAAAAAUAUGAAAUGGCACCGGAAAUGUAUGCAAAACGUACAGACACGGUGAAGGCAUUUUUAGUCAAAAACAAAAUAGGCCAGUACAAUGAAGAGUAUUACAAAAAUAAAGAAAAAGCCGAAGAAGAAGAAAAAGAGUUAAUAAAUACUGUUGAAAUUGGAUCUAGAUGUAAAGUAAAUGUAAGCAAUGGCCCUACAAAGUUAGGCGCUGUGUUAUACAAGGGGUUAAUAGAAGGUCUUGCUGGUCAAUGGGUCGGUGUGAAAUAUGACGAACCUCUUGGAAAAAAUGAUGGAACGUAUAAAGGAAAAGAAUAUUUCAAGUGCCCACCAAAUUAUGGAGCAUUUGUGAAACCUCAAAAUGUUGUAUGCGGAGAUUUCCCAGAAGAAUCUUACGAUCUAGACGAAAUAUAAAGAUGACAUUCCUCGUUAUUAACUAUUUAUUUUCAUUUAACGCUUAAAUUAUAACCAUUUGCAGUGAAUUUUUAAAAUAAAUUAUGGCAUGUUUUAGUA